UCACUUUCCCCCUCACCACUAACCCACACCUCUAAUGUUCCCCCAUAUCCGCCGAUGUCUUCAGCUCUCACAACUCCAAACCAGUUUAAGUAAUUGAUGGAGUGGAAGAAGGAGACUUUCACCCGGUAGAGGAGCAGCUGUCAGCAACAAGAGUUGCAAUAAAGACAAACGCCCGAGGGGGUUUUGAAACAGACGGGAGAGCAGCGGAGGCAGGCGAGGAAGAGAAGAAGAAGGAGAAGGAGAAGGAGAAGACUGCUUCAGGUGACCGAGUCGCGAUGGAGGCGCGCGGCAUGCGUGAUUAGGGAGCACCGCUUCUGGAAGAAAGAAAGAAAAAAGAAGUGCUCGCUUUUUUGAGGUGGAUUACAAAGUGAACAAGCACCAGAACUGACCGGGAUCGCCUUUGUCUAGAUUUCACUUGACGGAUUAUCUCACAAUCAUGAACGUGUCGCCCCCAGACCGCAGGAAAAACGUGCGAGAGCUGGCUUUGGAGAUUGGCAUCCGAGUUCUGCUUUUCGGAGUUUUUGUAUUUACAGAGUUUCUGGAGCCAUUUGAGAGAGUGAUUCAACAAGAGGAGCUCUGGCUGUACAAGAAUCCUCUAGUUGAGUCAGACCACAUUCCCAAGAGGGUCAUGUUCGCAAUUUCAUUCCUCACCCCACUGGCGGUGAUAUUUGUAGUGAAGAUAAUUCAGAGGACGGACAAGACGGAGAUCAAAGAGGCAUGUUUAGCUGUGUCCCUGGCUCUCGCCCUCAAUGGAGUCUUCACAAAUACUAUCAAGUUGAUUGUUGGCAGACCUAGACCCGAUUUUUUCCAGCGUUGUUUCCCAGAUGGACAAGGAAAUCUGAAGAUGCUGUGCACCGGGGAGCCAGAUCUAGUCUCUGAGGGACGCAAGAGCUUCCCCAGCAGCCAUUCCUCCUUUGCAUUCUCUGGACUCGGCUUCACCUCCUUCUACCUGGCGGGGAAGCUGCAGUGUUUUACAGAUCAGGGUCGAGGGCGUAGCUGGCGUCUCUGUGCUAUGGUGUUGCCUCUCUACAGCGCCAUGAUGAUUGCAUUGUCCCGGACCUGCGACUACAAACACCACUGGCAAGACGCCUUUGUUGGAGGAGUGAUUGGGUUGCUGUUCGCGUACAUCUGCUAUCGCCAGCACUACCCACCCUUUCUGCACACGGACUGCCACCUGCCUUAUGCCAGUCUGGCUGCUGCUGCUGCCCACACGCCCUUGCAUCCCCAGGAUGACCCACAGCCCACUGACAAUGCCACCACCCUUCCCCUGGAGGGCUUGACUGAAGGGCCAGUAUGACUAGUGGCCACCACCGAGACUCCCCCCAACACCCUCACCAAGCCACCGAGCCCACCUCCCCAUCCCCAGUGACUGACUGGCUCUUGUAUACAUUCCAGUGGACAAUUAUACACCUCAGCCCAUCUCCUGUUGCACCCUGUCUCGGUGACACCUGCAUUCUUUUUUUUAUUAUUUUUUUUAUAUCUGGUUCUUGCUCAGCAGGCGUGAAAGUCUAUAUUUAGAUGUGAUGUAUGAGAGGAACCCACGAAUAUGGGACAUUGCCUCUGAGAGGGAAGAGAGAAAAACAUGUUGAAAACCUAAGGAAACACGUCUUACUAAUGGUUGUGAACGAAGAUGAAAAUAUUGCCAGUUUUUACUGGAGUUCUUUUUUUCUUUUUGCUUAAUGAGAAUUGUGGUUUGCCAGUUGUUGGAGUAUAUUUAAUGUUUGGCUGUUAAAGGAUUGGGACAGUAAAUUAGGGAGACCCUGAUAAAUCCCAUGAAAUGUCACAGCAAUCAAACCAUGAAAUCAAACCAGAUAAACUAUUAGAAUAUAGUAUGUUAUAUGUCACACUUUGAAACAAAUUAUGGGAUUUGAUAGCAGCUAGUCAUGUCAGAAAUCUAGUGACUUUCUCUGUUUCAUUUAGACAUUUAGAUGCCCACUGCAUCUUCAGAGGACACCAAUGUGAUGGUUUAAAGGGGACCUAUUAUCGUAUUCCUCAUUUCCCUCACAUAUAUGAUGUUACAAAUUUGGAUGUUCAUAUUAAAUGGGGCAAAAGUUUAAAAUAACUAGGUUAACCUAUGUAAAAGUAAUUCCUGAGAGCAAAAACCUCAGCCUUCAGACCGUUUGGAAUAUUCUGCUUCCAAUGUUUGUUUUUCUUUCUUUGAAGAGAAGACAAGUUGAUGUCAGCUUGUGACAGAUUUCUUUAUGUGGUCAUCUGCUUCAGGCCCGUUAUUUUACGCGAUACGGGUUAUUUUACCCUCAUACAACGGUUGGUAUGAUAUCUUACGAAAAUGCACAUACAACGAUUCACAUGAUAUCUAACAAAUUUUGGCGUCACAAAUGACGUUAUGUACUUAACAUAAAAUUACACUGGUUAGGUUUAGGAAGAGAAACAAAGCUACAGUGUACCUAAAAAUAAGUCAAAGCUCACUAUGUUUUAUCACAGUCCCAAACACUGGUCCCCUGGGGGAAAGUCCUUUGUAGUUUGACCCUUCCACCACCCUAACCUGGCUCCUUACACAGGCUUUUAGUCUUUGUAUUUAGUCUAUAUUUACUCCUGUCAGUUCAUGCUCACGUGAUCACAGGCUUCCUGAUAACAUGGGAUAUACACAAAUUACCAGCUGGUUUUGUACGUAUAUGUACAAACCUGUAACUUCAUACUAACGUCAAAGAAACGUGUAAUCUUAGUUGCCAAUGUUGUUAAUUUCUCCCUGAUUUUGGAUCACAUCCCUUUUGGAGCAUGUCCUGUUGUGUAUAGAAGCUAUUAUUGGUGAUUUCUUUCACAGUAGAAAGUGCUGCUAUACUCCAUUCAAUCACUCCCAGGCUGCAAUGAUGGUGAAGAGAUGCAGAGAUGCUGAAGACCAGGACCCACUAACCAGUCAGAGCAGACUGGGCUUUUUCUGGAGGGGGGCUUAAAGGGGCAGGCACUAAAACCGAGCAUUUCAGACAGAGGGCGAAUACAGGUGUUAGAGCACAGACAGUAUGAGGAAAAUAAAAUGUUUUUUAAAAGCAUGCAAAACCGUUCUAGUGGAAACUCAACAUACAAGCAUGAGCCUAAAAAUGAGCAUAAUAGGUCCCCUUUUAAACCCAAGAACUUGAGGCACUGCUCUAUUCAUACCUCCUCUGCUCUUGGUCACUCUUGGUCUUCCAGUGCAACAAAAUUCCAGAUGUAUAACCAAUACAUUAGCGAAAAGCAUUGGUCCAUGUUGAGGACAGUAUUCAUUGUUCCCCACCUUUACUCUUCUACAUCCACCCAUUUUUUUAUAUUCCAUUUCCUCCCAUUCUCUCAGGGCUUGUAUAGCUUUCCAGUGCAAUCCUGCAUAUCACCUCUUCCCCAUUCCUCUUCCUCUCCUCGUCACCAUUCAACUUUAUUUUCUCACAAGCCCUGCAUUUAACACAUGCUCCCAAAGGUUACGCGGGGACAUGAACCCAAAUUGUAGCUCAAUGAGUGCAAUCUAUAACAGGCAGGUGGGAAUGACGUGGUGGAAGUGUGUCUGGACAGGUACAAACUCCAAUCUGAUCCAGCAUUAAUCCUCAUUAAGGGAGGUCAGCGGCUCCUGCUUAUGAGCGCAUUAGGACUAUAUGAGGUGCCCCACGGACUGCCCGAGCAUUGCAGAUGGCUUUCAGCCCACUGAAGCCCCACAAAUAGACAAUCUCGCAUUCAGGAGACGACAGGCCUGAACCCGGGGCAGCGAUUGUGAUGUAUUAUUCAUCCAUUAAUGUUCCAUUAUUUAUUAAUAUUUCCAGUCUUAAUUUAGGGUAAGCACGACGAGACAAACACCAAAGAUUUGUAGCUUUCUUCCUGCUUAGGUUGUUCGUUAUGCCCUGUUAUGCUUUAUUGAACGAGAUGACACAUAGCAAGAUAACUGGUUCCCUAUCAUCAACAAAGCAAUUUGUAGCCUCUUACAAAGUAUUGUUAAAAAGGAUGGAUCAUUUUGUUGCCUUGGUUACUGUGUCUUUUUUGCCAUUGCUGUGACAUGAAUGGGAAGGUGCAGUCUUAUCUUACCUUUAACCCAACCAAGCUUCAUAGGAAGGCAAUGAUUAUAUAUUUGCACUGAAAAGUGAAGGGUGAAAAACAGGAAAUAGCACAUCAAAACAGCAUGAUAUGAAACGAGCAGCAAGCCAAAUGUAGAAGAUCAUUUUGUUAUUUUAUUAUCUUGUCAGAAUGUUAGUCAAGCCUAUUUGUAUAUUUGUCAUCACUGUCAAAAGAUCACACGUUUUUGUAAAAGGCAACAGUUGAAACAGCCGCAUCUUCAGCUGCUGUUUGCUUAAAUAGACAUAGUAAAGCUUCUUUCUUUUCAAAACUCUUUAAACAUCAUUUACUCAAAUUAGCCACAAUCAAGCCUCUGUCACUAUUGCAACCCAUUGGCAGCUUCUUACAACUGUGUGUGUGUGUGUGUGUGUGUGUGUGUGUGUGUGUGCGUGAAGGUUUCGACAAGACUUAUCCAGCACGGAUGCAAUACAAAAUGAAACUUUACAAAGAAUGAGCCUUUCAGCAGAGAGGAAAAAGGUGCUCGACUCUGCACAUCAGACUCUGUGACGGGACUUAAUGAGACUCUGAGAGUUGACUGGAGAGAAACUUGUAACCUCCUCGCUGGUUCAACAAGUCUUUCAGCACCUGGAGAUCUGUGACUGUGAGAUUUUUGACAUCUUUGAGGAAGAUUUGGAGAUGAUUGUGACACAGAUGCAUUAUGUUCUGUAGACCUGCAUUGGUGUGACAUGGCAGCCUGAUGUUUGUACUUUGUCAUUUAGUAUUAUCCUAUUAGAUGGUGCAGUGUAUAAUGGGGAAAAAAUGUUGUUCAGACGUUAUAUCCGUAUCAGUAUUUUCACUUUAUUUUUCUGUCAAAUCAUUCCAUGAUUUGUUUUAAUUUGGUGCUAUAGACACUUUUGUAGCAGUAGGUGUUUUUUUUUCAAAUGGUGAAUGUGUCAUUUUGAAAGGAAAGCUCAAUAAUUUUCUACAGAAAAAAAUAUUAUAAGGUACAUAUUUCUUUUCAUUUUUUCAAAUCGGAUGCUCAAAGGCAACCAGUGCUUGUUAUUCUGUGUAUUUUUCUUUUCAUGUCAUUUCACCUUCCCAAGGACUGAAGGGAUAAAAGUAACUAAAAAAUAAGAAUAAUUAAAUAAUUAUCAAUUAUAAUGAAUAGAUGUCUGAAGAAAAAAAAAAGAGUCGACUUAAGAAUCUUUGUUCAUGGCAUGCCAGUUCCAUUUGUGAGAAAAGACUUGUUUUCUAUGAAUAAGCAUGUCUGGCCUUGAGAACUCUUUGAGCUGUGUUUUGCUGUUUAUAUACUUUAUGUACAAUAAAGGACUGCAGCUGUGUGAAAUUUGUCCAUGAAGAAAACAAAGGAGCCUAAUGUAUCUUGUCAAAGUGUGAUCGUUGGAGCCUACGUUUGUUGCUAUGACGGGAAUUCUGAGCCGCUUCACUUGGAGUCAACACAUCACUGGAAACACAUUAAGGUUUGAGGAUGUUAAUAUGAAAAAUGUCCGCCCUGUAAUCAGAGCAUAGGUAUUACUACAUUAGUCCUUAUUAUAUGCAAAUGAACAACCUGACAUGACUGUUUGAAAGAGCUAUAUCCCAAGUUUAGUUCAAUGAAUUUAUGCUUCAACAAACCUGCUGUCAGACUGCACAGUGCUACUGCGGCAGCUGAGCGUGUGUGUGUGUGUGUGUGUGUGUGUGUGU